AUGGAAAUCACCCAGUCAGCCAUGGAGGGGUUUGAGAGUAUGUGUCUAGGUGUGGUUCUUGGUGAGCCCAUCAAACUCACCCUCUGGUUUAAAAGGAACACUAAACACAUAACGGAGUGAUAUUAUUAUUCAGUUACCAUGGAGGUUCUGCCCUAUCAAACAGCCCACUUAUCAAACGCCUUUGUGUCUGUGUCAUGUCUGGAGGUCUGGAUGUCAUCAUGUCUAAACCCCCCCCCCUCUCUCUCUCUCUGUCUGUCUGUUGUCUCUCAGGCCUCAGCAUCCGUGGUUCCCAGGAGGAGGACCCUCCUGACCCCCAGCUCAUGCGCCUGGACAACAUGCUGCUGGCGGAGGGCGUGUCAGGACCAGAGAAAGGGGGCGGAUCAGCCGCUGCUGCCGCUGCAGCCGCAGCCUCGGGCGCAGCCUCAGACAACUCCAUCGAACACUCGGACUACAGAUCCAAACUCACCCAGAUCAGACAGAUCUACCAUACAGAGCUGGAGAAAUACGAACAGGUGGGUGUGAGUCACACCUUUAACCACCUUUACAUCUUUAAGCUUCAUAGGCUUGCAUGAUGUUUUUCAUUCUCACUUUGCCCUGAUGUUCUAGAAUGAUUGCAAGUAAUAUUAACCACCAUGAGUACAAACCCGGGAACAAAAUAUUUCCCUUGUAAUAUUUUAAACAUGUAUAUAUUUUGUGGUUCGUUAACAAAGUCUGGGGAGUAGUGCAGUCGUCGCAGUAAAAUGAGAAUAUGAUCAACUCAUUAGGCUGCCAUGUUGAGCUUCAGCAAAAAAACAGAGUAGUAUUAUAGGAGAAAAUGAAAGGUGUAACACUGAUGCCUCAGCAAGGCGGCGAGGUAAAUUAGACUAAUUUACUCUUGGCACUCUGAGAGGAGUGAGGAAGGGGACGAGAGGAGAGGGCACACAACACUGCCUGGAGUGAAUGCAUCUUUCCUAGGGGUGUUUCCAGGUUUUAAUUAUCGAAAUGUAAAUACUUAACGAAUUUUACUCAGAGUAAUGAACUAAAGUGUGCACUACGUAAAUGAGUUAUUCUAAUUAAUCAUGUAUGAACUACUGGUUUAACAAAAAGCUGUUUAAAUUCUCUCUGUGCUGGGCCAAAGCCAAAUUGCAAAUCGGCAUUUGCAUUCAUAGAUGACUUCACCUAUUAAGUCAUUGAAGUGCUCAGCAGUCGUAUAAAUACUGGGCUGUGUUUUUCAAUGGCACGAUCAGUGAAGAUGCUUUUAACCAAGGGAUGCGGGUCAACUACUGAGAGAGUUGUACCUAGCUAAAAGAUACAGCCAGGAUGACACUAACAGGGCUGGGUUGUGCUCUGUGAUUUCUCUGCAGGCGUGUAACGAGUUCACCACCCAUGUGAUGAACCUGCUGAGGGAGCAGUCCCGCACGCGACCCAUCUCUCCCAAAGAGAUCGAGCGCAUGGUGGGGAUCAUCCACCGCAAGUUCAGCUCCAUCCAGAUGCAGCUCAAACAGAGCACCUGUGAGGCCGUCAUGAUCCUGCGCUCCAGAUUCCUUGAUGCCAGGUCAGUGUGUAUAUAUGUGUGUGUGUUCCUGUGUGUUUCUCUGUCUUCCCAAACUUUUCUUAGACUGUGACCCACAAAACCAAUGUUUCUAGCCUGGAGCAUAGGAAGGUACCCAGAGACAGAACUGUAUGUAGACAUAUGAUCGUAAUAACAACAUUAGAGAAAUGCACUUCCUAUCUGGGAAAAAAUGAAUCCACAACAUACAGCGUCAAACAGCACACUGCAAAUAUUCACAGAUGAUCUUGCCAUAAAGCGCAUGCGUUAUGUAUUGUAGCCAUCUUCUCAAAACAAUAAUCCGCUAGCACCUGAAAGCAGUUUAGAUUAAAUGAAGCAGGAACAAAGUCAUAUGUAAUUGGUGGAGUGGAGGACAUCAGCAGGUGUUUUGGAUUACUGUAAUCACAAACAGUUUGUGGAGGGGAGCUCUGAGGAGAGUGGGAGGAAGUUCAGGGCCGAAGCAAACCAAGCAGAAGCACAUUUGCUUCCCAUUGCUCGCGUGAAGUGCAGUAAACAAGGCAAAAUAAGUUAAUGCUCAAUAACAUGGUAAGUAGUGCCCUGGGGGGAAGAAGGGGUCCCGGAUCUAGUUAGAGUUGGUUUGUUCCCACUGAAGUUCCCUGGGGCCGUGGCACUUCAGGAACAAUGCUCAGCUGGGCAUGUCGUGAUUUCUAUAAUGUACUGAGAUGCACUCCGACUGGGCAAUUGGGCCUAGCUCUCCAUCACCAAGCCUGCCCAUCCACUGCACUAAACACUACACAUUACACGCUUGGACUGGAGAUCAGAGACCAACAGACCAAAUUAAGCAAUGUACUGUAUGUGUUUGUGUUGUGUGUGUUUGUGGGUCUUGUGGUUGGCGGAUGGCGGAUGGCUUGGUCUGUGUUGAUGAGGAUGGUGCUGAAAGCAGGACACAAUAUUCCGCUCCUGACGCCUCUCUCAGACCCCCAUUCCUCCUUAUUUUCACCAUUUAUGUGUGAGAUUGAUUGUGCAAUUUGUCCGUUCCAAAUGGAUGAGUUAAUGCUGGUCUCUCUAAUGAGCUUGCUUGGCCUUUCUCUCAUUUUGUUCACUUUUCAGGCGGAAAAGGAGAAACUUCAGCAAGCAGGCGACGGAAAUCUUAAACGAGUAUUUCUACUCGCACCUCAGCAACCCAUAUCCCAGUGAAGAAGCCAAAGAGGAGUUGGCCAAGAAGUGCAGCAUCACAGUAUCCCAGGUGGGUGCAGAUUCCUUGUCUCAUACGCAGUGGCUGUUGGGUAAUCAGGGGGGAAAAGGCAGUAGAUGAGGCCCCUGGCUGCAACUCCAGACCAGCCUGGAAGGACUAUCAGAGCCCAAUGUCUUUAUCUUACCUUGACAUUGAGCCUAAUGACACCUCAGUUAGGGUGGGUUCAGCCUAUCACAGCAGUAGCCAUGGGGAGGGGAGGUCAGUGUCCUCAAUAUUGGCCUCAAUCAGAGGCCUACAGUGGGUUAGCCCUCCAUAGCUAUCUACUCGGGGCCUGUUAAUCCUCCAUAUAUGUCCACUCUGGGCCUACAGUAUGUUAGCCUUUCAAUAGCUGUCAACUCUGGGUCCCCUGCCAUUUUCUUUCUCAUUCCCAUCCGCCAUGCGUGUUCUCUCUGUCUGCCCGAUCAGUCCAGGUGACUGGAUGUCUACCAGUAUAGGUUAUCCAGUAAAUAAAUAUUAUUUUUUUAAGGUGUACGUGUGUGGUCACAGUGGCUUGUACAUGGAGACGACACUGCUUCACCCACUAAACAUUUUGUUUUUACAGACAAUUUAUGUGACUUUCCCACUUUACCUUUAGCCUAAUAGUUGGGUUAACCUGAAGGCAAUAUAAUCUCUCACACCCAACCCCCACACCCAAACCAAUUUAACAUUCUUAUCAUGCUGCACUCUGUUCUGCUACUAUUGUUACAACUUGAACCAUUUAGAUUUAUGUAUUCUAGUUCAGAUGUUAAUCCAUGGUUGUUCCAAUUUGAGAAUAACCGAUACAAUAAACACUGAUUUGCAAUGUUCUCUCUUUUCUGUGGGGAGGGGGUGUGGAGGGGUAUAUUGAGUGUAGUCAUGCAGUCAGAUACUGUAAAAGCCCAUUCUUUUUUGCCUUCAGGGGGUGGGAAGCACCAUCACAGUAUCACAGGUAUGUCAUGACUUCUCCUGAUCCACUGUUGUUGUUUUCAUUCUUUGUAUAUUUUAUUUGUUUCUGUAUGUGCACCUUCACAGUCUACCACUGCACACAGCUCCCCUCCCUCACACAAAUGGACUGAUAUCCUGGCAUAAAAAAUCAAUCCGAUGCUAUUUUAAUGUAGGCAUACCAUGCUUACAGUUUUACUGUACGUUUGGCACCAAGCAAGCUCCACUGUGAUACAUCGAACGUGUUAUUUUGCUGUUGAAUCUCACACGUUAUUGUGUGAGCAAGUCAUAUGCAAAGACUAGGGAUCAUACAACAUUUCCAUUGUAUUUUCAGCUCACUUUUGACCAUUUGUUAUGAUUGUUAACUACCAUUUCAAGAUACCCAUGCCACCACACUGUGUUUGUUUUGAUGUCUCAUUUCAUAUCAUUUAACUUUUUUGUUAUUUCUAUAAGACAAAUGAUUUGUUUUCUACACAGUAUGCAUUUUUUGUUCGUUGUAGAUAAUUUGCUAGUUCUGUCCUUCUUGGUUUUAGAACAUGCAGUGUAUGUCUAAUGUUCUGCUUUCUACCAGUGUGCUUCAUGUUAGUUGAAGGAGUGGACAUUGACCCUCACAAGUGGAACAAUUCUUUGUUCUGAAUGUUUCACUAAACAGGGCACCUUAGGAGUUCACAGGAGGACAAAUCAGUCUAUGUAGAAAUUCACUUGAACUCAUCUCAAGCCCCAUUAGCAGGGUUCUCCUUGACAAGCCUAGGCCACUGCAGACACUCCUACUGACUACUUUUGAGUUAGACUUCGCCAAGUCCUUUUUUGAGUUUGUCAUUUGAAAAUAAUCAAGCAUAGGAGGAGAGCCUGGUGAAGUCAGAAAAGUGAAUCCAGAGAAUGAACAGAAAUUUAGUGUUUGGGUAUUUCCAAAUCACCUCAAAUGUAAUGGUGAGCUUCAAUGACUGUAGUAGAACUAUGUGAAUCAAUAAGCAUUAAAUAUCAGCCUGAAGGUUAUCAUAGAUGUCUAGGUGGAAUGUACUGCUUUAAUUUAUGGAUUGAUUAAGUAGGUUUGGGUGGGCAUUAUACAAUGACUAUAUUCUUCUCUGACUAGAAGGAACGGAGUGUGAGUUUCAUUGCAUGAACAUCGUUUUGAAAAAAAGUAACCAAACUUAGAUCUGUAAAACAUGUGCACCAACACUUAAAAGCCUGAAUUGGACUUAUCAUCCAAUAAAAGGCAUGGAUGACUUGUUUGCUGGUAAAGUAAACAGCAUAUCCUUGGAUUAUACCAUCUGAGGCCAAAUGUGCUUGUUUGUAGUGACCAUCAGUGAUGCGAAAGGAGCUAAUGGUGUUGUUUAAAAGAUUACCUCACUUCAUGAGGCAAUGGCCCUCUAAAUGCAGGAUGCAGUCAUAUUAUUUCACUCUGUCAGUUUGCAUGUGUGACACUGGGCUCCUAAAUGAAAGUGUGGGAUUGGACGGCUGUGGUUUGUGUCUUGGUUUAUGGAUGUGUCAGGGGCCAUAAUUGAUAUAAUCUCCAGACAGUGCUGCUGUGAGGGGGCACUCUGCUCCCAGGGCACGGACAGGGACUGGGACAGGCAGCCCUCCAGACGGACAAAAGAGAGAGCUCAGAACACAGGGCUGACUCAGCACCGCAAUCUGUGGUUGCCCAGUUCAGAGCCUUACUCUUCAAUUGAGCGACACUUAUCAAUAUUUCAGGUCAUUAUAUAUUUAGGCGAGGGUGCGAGGGAUGCCUUGGGUUAAUGUGUUAAGUAUUAAUGUUCUCUGUUCUAUUAUUGAUAAUAUUAGCAGCAGCACGGCCACUGAAACCACCUUUGUCUGUAUAAUUAAGACCCAAGUGUGAGGCUUUAUUAAAGAGUCUCCCCAAGAAGACCUUAUAAAUCCAGUUGUAUUGAGAUCUUGGAAAGAUCAUCUAUUCCCUUUCAAUGACAAGAGCAGUGUAUUGACCCGGAAUAGGGUAGAAAUGUUAGUGGAUUAUUAACUACUGUUACAUGCCCUCUCUAGUGGGUCGCUGAGAACUAACCCGGUGUCGUGUUCUUGCAAGGAGUCUGCAUGGCCAGUAUACAAUCACUCCCUUUGAUGCAGCUGCUGAGGUCAGGUAAUUCAGUCUUUCAACCUGGCUCCCACUACAUAGGGAAGUCAAUUGAAUGCACGGUCUGCCACAAGAUAAAAGGGAAUUAGUUCUGUGGAUUGGGUUGUGGUCCCUACCUGAUGGUGCCUGCAUUUACACAAUGUUUAGCGCAACCUGUGAAUCACCAAAGCCAGAGUUCAGUGGGCAGGAGAAAAAUGUGUGUAGAUCAGAGGAAGUGGCCCCUUAAUACCCAGGCGAGGUGAUACUAACACUGCUGAGGCUGUGCAAUCUAACAACACCAAACAGUGGUUAAAUACAGUCAUAACAGCUUGUCCUGAAUAAUAGAAUAAUACUGACCAGGUCAUCACAAACUGAUAUACUGAUAUAUUAAAUACCAUUUCACCAUUAUACAAUCUGUCAAAGCAAUUCUGUUUUUGAUUAAUUGAUUGUAAUGCUUUUCUAUUUCAAGCAUUCAUGUAACACUGUUGAAUACUGGAUAGUGAAUUAUUAUCAAUAAUAUGUCUGAGAACUACUGUUCCCAUCACCACGUUCAGCACCAGUAGAACUAUAGCACAUCCAAAACCAGUGAUAGUCACAAUGAUGAUGAUUACGAGUAUAAAAAUGUUCAAAGGCCUCUCAUAUAUUGCUAAUCCAAGCUCAGUGUCAUAAUCAUUGUGUUUAUUAUGCACUAUAAUGCCAUGUAGAUGGGAUACAUAAAAGUGUUGGGUAGUUUUCAUUAUAUUGUGGCCCUUGUGUUAACACAGCGCUGCUGAUAAGUGACUUUUUUAUGAUGCGCUGUGAGGCCCAUAGAUGCCAUUGAAGCAGACGGGUAUACGGCAUCAGCCUUGGUCCUCCAUGUGUUUUCAUAAAGGAUGGAUUAAAGGCAGCUCCAGCCAUUACCCAGAAGCACAGACAGACAAGCAGCUCAGUUUAGCCAUUACUAUUCGAUGAAACAGGCCAGAGGCUUUAGAGAGCUGGCUGGAUGCUUUUUUUUAUCUAUGUUUUGUUUUUUCUCUCUUAAAUGUUAGCCCAAGUACUAUACCGCAGAAUCAUCACUGUUAUUAUAUGCAUUUAUUUUAAUUAACUGUAAUAAUGAUAAUUGUAUACUUUAUUUAGUUCUGCAUUUACUAAAAUAUAACAAUGUCAUUGCAUUUGCCUUAAAGUGAUUUCUCAAAGCAGGGUAAUGUGUUUUUGUUUCCUGUUAAAUAUAUACAGUAAUAUCCCAUUAAUGAUACCACUCAGAGAGAGGUUUUCUAUGGUCUGCAGUGCUGUUGGUGAUCUGGCUCAAAGGGUGAGACUGCCUGCAUCCUGUCUGCUCUUAAAAUCCACUGUAAGCAGGUUAAGUAAAAAGGAUGAUGGCUAGGGCUUUCAUUGCAUCCAAUUAAACCUUGCUUGUUAGUUUAACCUCUAGGUAAACCCAUCAAACAAUUGAUGUCAAGGAAACCAUGCCAACAGUGGCUUCGCCUGAAUGGUCAUUAAUUUUAAUUGCCUAGAUAUUAAAGAUUUAGAAGCACAGAGACAUGCAGGAUAGAAAGAUCUGAUGUCAUGCAAAUCCAGUCAGUUUGUGCUUGCUGCAGUAUUGGCGGGCUGCUGGAGAUAUUAAAAUGUAAGCGCAGGGGUGGAAAUUAAAUAAAGCUUCAUUAGGGGCAGAUGCUCUUUGGCUGGUCCGGCAGCAGGCUGUAGGAGUUGAGAGGGGAGCCAUAGCACGGCGACAGGCCACUCUAAUUUAUAGGCCUAUUAAAACACAACCCUAAUCUCAUUAUUAUUCCACUAUUAUUGCAGAGCCAGCAUUCACACACUGGUUUUACCCCAUGCAAAGAAAAUGUCAAUCUUUCUUUCUUUCUACUAUGAGGUUAGACGGUUUUAUCUCUAUCACCGUGCAGUAAUAGUGAAGUAGUAGUCAUAGUGAUAUAAUAUAAAUAUUGAAAUGUAGAAAUGUAAAUAUAGAAACUGCACUAUAGAAAUCUAGAAGCUUUUAAUGUUAGCAUUUACUAGUAUCAUUAAAGUGAGGUUUCAGGUUUCAAUUUAAAGAGACACAGCAAACAUUGUCCUGAGAUUUGUAUUUCAUAUGGAUGCAAAAGUUCCUCAUAAAUGUUAUGUUAUACAGUGCCUUAAGAAAGUAUUCAUACCCCUUGACUUAUUCCACAUUUUGUUGCGUUACAGCCUGAAUUCGAAAUUGAUUAAAUAUAUUUUUACUCACCCAUCUACACAUAAUACCCCAUAAUGACAAAGUGAAAACAUGUUUUUAGAAAUGUUUGCAAAUGUAUUGAAAAUCAAAUACAGACAUAAUGUAUCUAAUUUACAUAAGUAUUCACACCCCUGAGUCAAUACAUGUCACCUUUGGCAGUGAUUACAGCUGUGAGUCUUUCUGGGUAAGUCUAAGAGCUUUGUACACCUGGAUUGUACAAUAUUUGCUAGAUGGUUGUUGAUCAUUGCUAGACAGCCAUUUUCAAGUCUUGCCAUAGAUUUUCAAGCCAAUUUAAGUCAAAACUGUAACUAGACCACUCAGGAACAUUCAAUGUCAUCUUGGUAAGCAACUGCAGUCUAUAUUUGGCCUUGUGUUUUAGGUUAUUGUCCUGCUGAAAGGUGAAUUUGUCUCCCAGUGUCAGUUGGAAAGCAGACUGAACCAGGUUUUCCUCUAGGCUUUUGCCUGUGCUUAGCUCUAUUCCGUUUCUUUUUAUCCUAAAAUGCUCCGUAGUCCUUACCGAUGACAAGCAUAUCCAUAACAUGAUGCAGCCACCACUGUGCUUGAAAAUAUGGAGUGGUACUUAGUGAUGUGUUGUGUUGGAUUUGCCCCAAACAAAAUGCUUUGCAUUCAGGACAUAAAGUUAAUUUCUUUGCCACAUUUGCAGUUUUACUUAUUGCCUUAUUGCAAACAGGAUGCAUGUUUUAGAAUAGUUUUUAUUCUGUAAAGGCUUCCUUCUUUUCGCUCUGUCAUUUAGGUUAGUAUUGUGGAGUAACUACAAUUGUUGUUGAUCCAUCCUCAGUUUUCUCCUAUCACAGCCAUUAAACUCUGAAACUGUUUUAAAGUCACCAUUGGCCUCAUGGUGAAAUCACUAAGUGGUUUCCUUCCUCUCCGGCAACUGAGUUAGGAGUGUAAUGAUGCACCAUCCAAAGUGUAAUUAAUAACUUCACCAUGCUCAAAGGGAUAUUCAAUGUCUGCUACCAAUAGGUGCCCUUUGUGAGGCAUUGGAGAACCUCCUUGGUCUAAAUCUCAAUUUAAUUAAUUUAAAAUCCAGGAUGUAACACAACAAAACGUGGGAAAAGUCAAGGCGUGUGAAUACUUUCUGAAGGCACGGUAGGUCUCACGGUUACUCGUUGACCUCACCAUAGCACCACAAUGCCUGUGUCCUGUGUUUUGCAGGCCGGCUGACAGAAUGUGCAGUGGCCAGCCAUGGGUUUGAUGCUCUGCACUGAUGUAGUAUGCAAUAUUCUUCAUUAAUAUUAAUCUGUGUAUCUGUUAAAGACACAAGCAAGUUCUACCACCAAUGCAGAAGCAAACAAGUCUAUACAUUUCUUUGAGUAUAGUAACAGAACGUGUUUCCUUAACACUAGGCCUGGCAAUGUAAUACAGUCAGGAGAACUUUUCAGUUUGUGUUGUGGGAGACGAGCAACCCCUGGUGUGUUGGCUUUGUCAAGAGACAAACAGAGAGCAUGUCAUGCUCCCUUUUAUGAAAACGCACAAGUGAUUCCUGAUUAUUGCUUAAUUAGCCUGCAUACCCAGUGGACAUUACUGCAGGGGCUGGGAAUUGGGUACUUGAUGGACCUAAACGUCUUGAAACAAUCACACUGCUCAGUGCACAGUGCCUUGGCUGCUUGACGUCUGACACCUCGGCUCUCCCUCUGCUUUCUCCCCCAGGUAUCCAACUGGUUCGGCAACAAGAGAAUCCGGUACAAGAAGAACAUAGGCAAGUUCCAGGAAGAAGCUAACCUGUACGCUGCUAAGACUGCAGUUACAGCAGCGCAUGCAGUGGCCGCCGCAGUGCAGAACAGCCAGACCAACUCCCCUACCACACCCAACUCCGGUAGGCACCCCUGUGCAGGCCCUAACUCUGCCAUCCAACCCCAGCCCUCAGCCCCCAGCCCCCCCAUGCCUCACCCCCACUCACGCACCAUUCACUCAGGCAGGAGUGACAGGCACUGCUCCCAGCCUGGGGAUCACAGUCUCCUGUCUUUGAGACAGUCGAUGCCAAAUAAGACAAGCAAACUCAUGCAUAAAGAGUGCGUUCUUGGUUUGUGAACCGAGAACAGAUGUAUUUCUGGGAAAAAGACAAUUCAAAAUGAUGUCACUGAGGUUUUGUUUUCCCUUGACUUUUCCUCAAACCCCCCUCUAAUUUGUCAAACUGUAGUUCCAAUGUAUGUUAGUACAUUUUAUUUUAAGAGAGAUUAAAAAUAAUAGCUGGGAGCAGUUACAGUAGACUCUGAAUAGGUAACCAAUGUGGAAUAACAACAAUAAUGCACACAAUUAUUAAUGAAUAGGACUCACAAAUGAUAAUACAAAGUCAUCCAACACAAUGUAUAGUCCAGGAGAAUGACUGUGAUUUUGGACUUGGCUGACGUGACAAGGGGAUGUGAUCUGGUAAGCGAUAGCUAUUUGAAGUGGUCCCCUUUUUCUUGCACCCAGGAUUCCAGAUGAAAGAUGAAGAAUUUCAGCUGGACUCUGCAGAGAGCAAAAACACUCUUUUAACCAACAUGUUUACUGGUACUGCUCUUUUCAUAAGCUUCUUAUUGUCCUUGUCAUUGGCAUAUGAUAUUUCCCCACUAACAGUAGACAGGGAUUAUGGGAUGUGGAACAAAUUGGGAGCUUAAAGCGACCAGCCACAUAUUGAAUCUCUGUUUGUGUCAUGUGACUUUCAUUGUUUGUUUUGCCUCCUUUUUGUGGAAAAUCAGUAUAGCUUCUCAGAGUUCUGACAUGACCAUAAUCCUCUCCUCUAUCUUGUAUUUCCUUGUUUUCCGUCCUUUACUUUUGUAGUUGCUUACUUUCUGGGAAUCUAGUAACUGAGUGUAGUAGUGGGCGUUGUGUUCCUAUGUACAGUAGAUUGUUUCUACGUUUGUGUCUUUCUGUGUGUGUGUUUAGUUAGUGUUUACUCUUCCCUCGUAGCCCUCUAUAUAGUUAUUCAGCUACUUACAUCUUCCCUUUCCAGGUUCUUCAGGUUCUUUUAACCUCCCAAACUCUGGGGACAUGUUCUUGAGCAUGCAGUCUCUGAAUGGGGAUUCUUACCAAGGGGCACAAGUCGGAGUCAAUGUGCAGUCACAGGUAGGAGCCAAAAACAGGGACAGGUCCUGUGUGCAAAUGCACAGAGCCGUCCCAGUUUUGCCUGUGUGCUGAGCCAUCCACAGUGCAGUCUGAAGUACAGUAACUAAGACAUGCUGCCCACAUUGGGCCAGCUCAAAUUCCCACAGUCAGGUCUAUUCUGCAAAAGUGAGCAACACUGUGAGCUACAUUUUCUUUUUUACUGACUGUAAUUCGCUUUGGAUGGAAUAUUCUGGCCUACCUAAAAAUAUCCCACCCCAUUGCUAUCAACAAUUAUUUCUAAAAGCCUCCAGAAAAUGGAUUUAUUUCAUCUGUAACAGACUCGAUUGAAGUUUCCAUUUUGUGAAUGCAUUUGGCUUUGACUUGAGCUCUUGGGUUGGUGUUGGGUUUUAUGCUUCCCUACAUACCUCUCUUGUAUCCUUUCCUGUCUUUGUCUCAUUUUGGUUGUGUUGUAUAUUGUUGUUGUUGUUGUUGUCAUCCAUUAUGUUAUUUCUUCAGGUUCAGAGACACAUAGAGGAACAUAACCAUACGCAUGUCAAAUGAACCCGUUAGAACUAGAGACUUAUGGCUUUAACAAUUUAAAGAACAUAUGAAUCAUGUCCAUACAAUACAACUGUAUUGUCCAUAUGUCCGCAUCAUUAUGUCCAUUCUGAUGUAUUCCUCCCCCCUAUUUGUUUGUGCGUAUGGUUUUGUUAACAAAACACAUUGUUGUGUGUUUGAAUACUGUAUGUGUAUAGUGUGGCCAUGCUUUUCCCAAUGGUAUGUCUCAAUGUUAGAAUUUAGACAUUUUCCACAAUAACUUUCCACAUAGCUAUAGGUAGAGUAGACAUUUGCGCCAACAUCUAGAUAACAGUGGAUAUACUCUAAAUACAUUGGAUAGUGCACACACCCAUCAUAGCACCAUGGAGAGGUUAGUCUGGUUAAUGUGUUGUCUGUGUCUCAUAGUCCCUUUCCACAUGGAGUAAGUCCUGUAUGAUUUUAAAUGUGGCAUUGAGCAUGUGUGUUCAUGUAAACCCCCACAGUGUGUUGACAGCCAUGCCCACUCUCUCUCUCCCCACAGGUGGAUACCCUGCGCCAUGUUAUCAGUCAGACGGCAGGAUACAGUGAAGCUCUGGGGGGGAACACUAUGUACAGCCCAAAUUGCUUGAAUGUAAGUGUCUCGGUUUUCUCUUCCUGUAGGUACCAUUCUGGAGACCGUGGUUAAUUACAGUACCUUGAGCAGACCUUGUCCAAACUGGAUCCAUUCUACUGUAAACAUUAGACACAUUAUGGUAGCAAGCUUAGCUCAGAUACAGAACACCCCGCAUUGCUGCCCACUGUGUGAUAAAAGUGAUAUCUUAGGCAAAUGAAUUGCACUAAUUUAUUUUAUUUCUUGACCCGUUAUACAUUUUCUUUUCUUAGAAAAAAGUGUUGAAUGUUACUUUAAAAGGUUUAAUGGAAAUCUAGGAUGUCAGGAACAUAGUGAGAAUAGAUAGUAGCAGCUGGGUAAUCUGAGCGCAGUGAGCCAGGGAAGUGAGAAACUCCAUUCAGCACUGCCGUAGCAAGUGAUUGAGCUUCUUAAAGGAUGGAGCAAACAUGUGACAUAGGAGAUUAGAGAUUGUAGAAAUGUUGUCACAUUUUCAUUGCAGGAGGAUAAAAGCAGAGUUUAAUAAAACACACCUAGAUCAUAGUGCAGGUGGAAUAAAAAUACAUUUCAUUUAAAAUCCCCCCGUUUUUGCUUAUAUAAACAUCUUGUAAUACCUUAUGUGACUGAAACCAAAAUGAAAUAAGUAGGCUUUUAGUUGUAUCUCUAUGUUUAGUUUAGCUGUUUAGAAAUGCUUCAGAGACUUUACCAUAUCCUUAUCAUCAUGAUAAAAUAUGAAAGGGAGAUUGCCUGCAGCCUUUUCCAGACGUGAAUUCCAUCUUCGUUGAUGAGGGCUGAUAUGGUGCUUUUUUGUAACACAGUGCAUAAUCUGAAGCCAUCAGAGUAAAGAUGAAUUUGUUUGAUGAGAAAGGAUAGAGGCAGAGGGAGGGAGAGAGAAAUGGUUACUGACAUAUUUCCCUUUGCAAUAUCAGAGAGAAACUAUUCCCAUUUGUUGUCUUCAUGUUGCCAUGGUUGGGACAGUAGUGAUGUGAAGGCUCGGUUAUUUUCAGUUUAACAACUUGACAGCUAUUGUUAUUGAAGGGCAUUUUAAUAGCAUGAACUAAUAUGUCAAUUCUGAUAGAGACAUAUAAAAGUUAUACAUUUUCAGUACUGCAAAGAGGUGAACCUAAUACUUUUGACAUUGCCAACCUUUGCCAACCGUUUAGAUGUUUUAUUUUCCAUACUUGACAAUCACUCAAAAUCCCAAUUCAUUGUAUAAAAGUGGGAUACAUAUUUGGAAGUAUAUUAAAUGAUCACACUGUUUUUUCUCUCGGGGGGUUACCAUGUAAGCAAGCACAAACACUUGCUAAAAGUUAACACAGUCUGUCAUUAGUGUCCUGGACGGCGUUUGGUGUCAUUUUGGUUUUGUUGAGUAGCCUUUAGCCCGCAGGCCUUUAGAAGAAGUGUCAACCUCGAGCAGGCUCAACUGAAGUGUUUCUCACUCUCUCACUUUCCUUCACUGUUUAGGCCAGAGCUCAAUUAAUCACCACACAAACAUAAGCUCUGAAAUACAACAUUACUGGCAAGUCAACACAUCCAAUAAUGGCACCUGCAAAAAGAGGAAAAACAUCCAGGCAACAAUGAAAACAUGCUUUGGAUAAUUCAUUUAAAGAGAUGGAGAGGUCUUCUCAUACAGCAAUACUCUUAUUUCAAUGCAGUACCGACAUUGUGACAAAGCAGACCAGAUAAAGCUAUUUAUUGACCUAUUCCAGGCGAUCUAAAUCGUCAAAAUACUAAUUCCACCAAUGAACCACGAGUGCUAGAGCCCCCAGUGUACAGUAAUGCAGACGGAUUGUUUUGAUAAUGAAGUGCAUCAUAGAUAAAUUAGCAUACGCUAACCUUUUGUUUUGUUGAUGGUGACGAAGGGGAUCCAGCAAAGGCUAGUCCCUGCCGCGAGCCAAGCGGAGUCAGGCUGGCUCAGACUGGCUCUCUUGGAAAGGCCCUGCCCCGUCACUUCCACUCAGCAUUCCCCACCUCACCCAGCCCCAGCCUUCCUUCUUCCUGACUGACAUAAGAAUAUGUAGCGACAAGCUGUCUGCCACUGCUGAAAUCUGAUUAGACAUUGAUUUCAGGGAUCGCUCCCAUUGGCUGAGGCAUAAGGCAAAUUUGUUUCUAAGAGUCUCAUGGCUGAUGCUAGUAUAAUGCAGUGAAUGGCCAUUGGCUUUCCAGUUAUACUCUUUUUAUUUAAUAAUUAGUAAAUGAGCAUAUGUACACAAACAUACUGUACACAAUGAGAAUUACUCUUUUACCUGUAUUUUGGUAUUACUGUAUUACUAAAUAUAUUUUAUUGUACAGAGUCAUCUUAUUCUGCCUCACAUGAAAACGUCUUUGGGGGAAUAACUGGUCUUGAUUACAAAUAGAGGUUCCUUACAAAACCAUUAGGUUGUUAACAUGGACUUCUUUCAUUUGUAGUAUUUCAUUGUGAGCCCUUCUCUUCUGCUUCCUUCCUAGGCUAAUGGGGGAUGGCACGAUGCAAUGACUCCAUCUUCUGUAAUCUCCCCGACAGAAGGACCUGGAAGUGUGCACUCUGAUACCUCGAAUUGAUCUGUUAUCGAUGCAUCUGAUCCCCAAGCUGUAGAGCCUGAACUUUCACUGACUGACCAACCAGAGACGAUAAACUUUUUUUCAGAACUAAUUGUCUGCUACAUCUACCAGAGUCCUCAACCCCCCCUCACAAUGAUGUUCUACAAUAUGGACACCUGAUGUUUUCUUGGUAGUUCAGUGAAGUCUUCGCUCAAACUCCAUCAGUCUCAUGAUUAUAUUUCACCAUUGCUCUAGUUUAUGUUUGUCAUUUGAAGGGGUAAGCACAUACAUAUACCAAUCAAACAAGGCCCAUAUCUUUAAUGCGCAACAUUAAUUUCAAUUGACAAUUGAUUUAAGAAGUGAUGUUCCCCAAGCUGAAUUUAUUCCUGAGUGGAUGGCAUUUGGUGUUGUCAUAUGCAUUCUAAAAUGUUUUGGUUUUGAAAUGCAAUAUAUAUCUUUUUUAUAUAUUUUGUGUUUUGUUUUAGAUCAGUUAAUUCCCUUGGCUCUUGGUAUCUUACCUACUGUAUAUUGACUAACAAAGUAGCAGUUCCAUCACUGAAUGCAAGGAGUGCAACAAAUAAGAUAUGCUACUGUUGUAAACUCACUGGCAGAUUGGGAGAGUUGCUUUCAAUAUUAGUUUUGCCUUACAACCACCAGUUUGACAUGCAGUCCUUUCAUUGACAAGACUAAUGGGAUAACACUGUAUUUUGGGACAAAAUCUUCAAGCAUAAUGACAACUUUAUAUAGUUUAACAUUCUGUGUGAGGUGAAAGUCAUGUGAUAUUCAAAUAUGUUAUUUUUGGCUAUUGGUUGAAAUAGUCAUGGGUCUAACAGUAAAUCCAACCAGUUAUAGCACUUCCUUUUGGCAUGUGACAAGAUACCAGUCACACAAAAUAUGUUGUAUAUAAUAUAGCUUAAGAGUAUUUAUACAUCCCACCAAUCAAUACACAGCUUUAUUACCUCAUUCAAACUCAUAGAAACCAAUAGAUUUUCAACAUUUCUAUAGCUUAGAGUGCUCACUUACUACCUCUAAACAAUAUCACCACCAUAGUUUUUGUCUUUUUAUUUAACAUUUUUAUUUAGUGGUUUUGAUUACAUCGUGUAAUGAACUCUUUGUUUUUGUUCAUGUAAUCUAAUGUAUAUUUUAAUCUUAAGAAAAUAAUGUUGCUUUGUAGCAACUUUAAAAAGACAAAAACAAGAAAAUGUAUGAUGUUAACAAUAAAUUAAUACUAAGAAUAAUGAGGGAGAAAAAAAGGCAUUUUUAAAAAUAAGAGGGAGAGGUGCAAAAUUGUUAAUUGGUGGAUUUUGAGGGAGGCGCUAGGAGAAUGUUGGUCAUAAAUUAACAACAAACAGUAAAACUGUUGUAAAUACUGAAGAACAUUUUGAAUGUUGCUCAUCUUGUUACUAAUUCACACAAAAAAUCAUUAUAAAAACUGUAAUGCAUAGAGGUUUCAGUAUUCAGAACUGUACAUUUCAAGCUCUGUUUGACAGGGUUCAAACUUUCUUUCUCUUUUUUGUAUUGUAUGUGAUUCUGAAACUGAUAAAGUCAUGGAAAAUGAUUUGUGGCAGUGAUUCUAACGUAUUAAAAAUGUUUAGUGUUUCUUUCUAACCCGACUACACCCUGGACUGAAAAGUCUUCCUUGUGGUAGUUAUGUGUAAUUUCAAACAUGAAUAAACGUUUUGCUUUUAA